AUGAUAUAUAUAUUAUUUGUGCUUUAUUCGUUACAUUUAUUUAAUUCUGACAAUCAUGAAAUAACAACAACAACAUCACCACCAUCUCAUAUUAAAAAAAAAGAAGCAGAAAAUAAAGAGCCAAUGCAAGUUGAUGUUCCUCAUGUUAAGAUCGAUUUGUCAAAUUUGCAACCUGUAAUGACUAAAGGUGUGUUAGGUAAUUAUGAACCAAAAAAAAUUGAAAAAAUACCUGGUCCAGGUGAGGGUGGUGAAGGUGUUAUAUUAACUGAUGCAAAAGAAAAAGAAUUAGGAGAUAAAUCUGUUGCUGAAUAUGGUUUUAAUGAAGUAGCUAGUGAUAAAAUUUCAUUAGAUAGACAUACACGUGAUACAAGACCAGAUGAAUGUAAAUAUUGGAAUUAUCCAAGUGUGGAAAAAUUACCAACUGCAUCAGUUAUUCUAGUUUUUUAUGAUGAAGGUUGGUCAACAUUAGUACGAACAAUUCAUUCUGUUAUAAAUACAAGUCCAAAAGAAUUAUUAAAAGAUAUUAUUUGUGUUGAUGAUUAUAGUGAUGAUAAACAUAUUACUGAACGUUUACCGGAAUAUAUUAAGAGAUGGAAUGGUCUUGUUAAAUAUGUUCGAACAAAACAACGUGUUGGACUUGUUCAAGCUCGUGUUGUUGGAGCACGUGCUGCUGCAGGUGAUGUUGUUGUAGUAUUAGAUGCUCAUUGUGAAUGUGUAACAAAUUGGUUACCACCAUUAUUAACUCGAAUAGCGUUGAAUCGUAAAACAUUAGCAGUACCAAUUGUUGAUGGAAUUCAAUGGGAUACUCUUCAACAUAAUUCAGUUUAUUUUGGUGGAUCACUUAAUAGAGGUAUUUGGGAAUGGGGUUUUCUAUAUAAAGAAACUGAAAUACCAAAACGUGAACGUGAUAAAUUACAAUAUCCAACGGAACCUUAUAAAAGUCCAACACAUGCCGGUGGUUUACUUGCUAUUGAGAAAAAUUGGUUUUUUGAACUAGGUGGCUACGAUCCAGAUAUUAAAAUUUGGGGUGGUGAACAGUAUGAAUUAAGUUUCAAAGUUUGGAUGUGUGGUGGACAACUUGAAUGGGUUACAUGCAGUCACGUUGGUCAUAUCUAUCGAGGACCACGUACACGAAGUAUGCAUCCUCGAGGUGCAAAUCUUUAUCAAAGUCAUGUUAAUCAUAUGCGUGUUGCUGAGAUUUGGAUGGAUGAUUAUAAAAAAUAUUAUUUAAAUCGUCAACCAAGUCAUGCUCAUCUUGACAUAGGUGAUACAACUGAAUAUAAAGCAUUACGACAACGUUUAAAUUGUUCAAGUUUUAAAUGGUUUUUGGAUAAUGUUGCAUAUGAAAUGCCUGAUAAAUAUCCAUUACCACCAGACAAUCUUGUUUGGGGUGAAAUGCGUAAUGUAGAACAUAGUCAAACAUGUGCUGAUACAUAUGGUAAAUCAUUCGGUAAUGAAAUUGGUGUAUCUGGUUGUCAUGGGCAAGGUGGUAAUCAAUUAUUUCGUCUAAAUGUCGAAGGUGAAUGGUCAACGGAUGAACGUUGUCUAGUAGCUAAUGGUGAUUCUAUUGUAUCAAGAUACUGUGUAUCAUCGGGACAAUGGAUUCCGAAAGGUGAAUGGACAUAUGAUAAUCAAACACGACAAAUUCGUUCAUCAAAAGUUUCGAAAUGUGUCGAAGCCGACAGUAAACGUUUAUUUUUGAAUACUUGUCAAAAUAAUAGUACGGCACAAAAAUGGAUAUGGAAAGAAACGUAUCUGUAA